AUGCCGCCUGCUGGGGUCUCAUUGGGCAACCUGGCCUACGGACUGAACACAUCUUCACUGCCGCUGACGGUCGACGCCGGCGACCUCCACUUCGCCAAGAUCACUCCCGCCUCCAACCCCUUCACCUGUGCCUUGAGCGACGCUGAUUCCUUCGAGAGUCUUGGUGAAGGCGCGGCCACUGCAGGGCAGGACUACCCCAUCGACCCCAACCGAAAGGCGAGCAUGGAGAUCUUCACCGACCUCUGCUCCGGCUUGUGGACCAGCUGCGGCGUCCUCUCCAACGAUGAACAGGGUGCGCUGGGGUGUGGCUUGGCCUACGCCAAUCUCACGUCCACCGCCACUCCGCGCUUGGUCUCCAACCUCACCAACGCGUCAGCAAUCUUCUGCGGCGGCCUCUUCAACUGCGCCCUCCUCAAAUCCGGCAGUGCCUACUGCUGGGGCGCUGGCAACGUGGGCCAAUUGGGGAACGGUGGCUCUGGCGCUGUGAGCAGCAUUAGCCCAGUACGAGUGACCACCAGCAAUCGAUCCAUUAUUUCGUUCAGCGCCGGAGACAACCACGCCUGCCUCAUCUACUCAGGGAACGAAUUGAUCUGCUGGGGCAGUAACUCUGGAGGCAAGUUGGGGAUCAACAAUGCUACGCUCCCGUUUUCUGUGCAGCUGCAGACCGUGGCCGGCCACUACAAGCAGGUGUCGUGCGGCUCCGAUUCAACGUGUGCCAUUGGCACGGACGACAAGGUCUACUGCUGGGGAAACUCUGCGAUCCUGGGACUUUCAAGCCCUCAGGCCGCCCCGAUGCUCAUUGAUGGCUUGCCCAGCUCCAUACAGAGCGUCACCAUGAGCCAGGACGUGGCUUGCGCCCAGACAACCGCACUCUAUGGCGAGCUUGGCCGUGGCAACGUGUCCUCGGUCUAUCAAUCUCCAGCUGCUAUUCCCUGGAACGGUCGCGGCGGCACACUCGGGCCAUUCUAUGCGCCCUUCGUGAAGCCCGUCUUCGACGACGUCGUUCCGCAAGUCAAGCUUCUGCCCGUUGACCAAGAGGGCGUGGUGGGCAAGCCCGACGACGGCGCUCUGUUCUCCUUCGUUUCUGUCGAAGAGGUGUCGAUCAACGGUGUCGUUGAGCGCAGCUUCUCGCUCGUGCAAGCUCUCUGGGUGGCGGACAACUUCGUUCCAGUGGGCGGGGGCGAUGCCAUCACGGCCGUGGGAUACAAGAGCGAACUUUCCAACAACGUGACCGUGCGCUACAGCUUCUUCUCCUACAACCGCUCCCUCGACGUCGCCGUUGGCGACAACUUCACGUUGCCGAUGACGCCCUCGUUCCUCAAGUUCUCUCUGGUCAUCACCACUUGGCCCUGGCUCGCCCCGAACAACAGCCUGAGGGUGACGCUCAAGGUGACGCCGGCGUUCACCAGCGAGCGCACGGUGGUCAACUACCCCAAGGACGACAUGACCUCUCUCCUCCUCUCGUCUGCCGGCAGCGCAUCGUCGGUGCUGGUGCGGGUGAUCAACUUCGGCUUGGCCGGCUCUGAUGGUCGCGAGCGGGUCGGGGUUGAGACACACGCCAACGUCACGUCGUCGAGCCUCAUCUUUGCGAUCAACAACUUCGCCGACGACCUGGCCUACGACCCCGAUCUGUCAGUGUUGGUGGGGCGACGGGAGGAAAGUGGCGGCGGCGGCACCGACCUGGCGCUGAUCGUGGCCGUCUCGGUGGCAGUGCCCUUGGCCGUCUUGUUCGUGGUGGCUGUCAUCGUGGCCUCCCUCAUCAUCAUCCGCUACCGACAGCAAAGGCGCCAGAGGAGCAUAGCGGGACUCGUAAACUACGACGUGGACAACGGGUCCGACGCAUUGUAG